GGACUUAAAACCUGAAAACAUUCUUCUAGACGACCGCGGACACAUCCGUAUCUCUGACCUGGGACUAGCCGUCCAGAUUCCCGACUCAGAGACGAUACGAGGGAGAGUGGGCACCGUAGGAUACAUGGCCCCAGAGGUGAUCCAGAAUGAAGCCUACUCCUUCAGUCCUGACUGGUGGGGUCUGGGCUGUCUGGUGUUUGAGAUGAUCCAGGGUCAGUCACCCUUCCGCCGGCGUAAAGAACGAGUGAAGAGGGAAGAGGUGGACAGACGAGUGCGAGAAGACCCCGAGGAAUACUCUGACAAGUUCUCUGAGGAGGCCAAGGAUAUCUGCAGACAGCUGCUGGCCAAAGACCCCAAAGCUCGUCUGGGGUGCCAGGGGCGAGGCGGUGUGGAGGUGAAGGCUCAUAUCAUCUUCAAGAACAUCAACUUCAAACGCCUCGAGGCAGGCAUUCUGGAACCUCCCUUCAGUCCUGAUCCACGGGCGGUAUACUGUAAAGAUGUUCUGGAUAUAGAACAGUUCUCUACAGUGAAGGGAGUCAACCUGGACCCCACAGACGAUGACUUCUACCACAAGUUUGUUACAGGAAGUGUCUCCAUACCCUGGCAGAACGAGAUGAUUGAGAUGGAGUGUUUUAAGGAGAUCAACGUUUAUGAGGCCGACGGCCUGCUGUGUUCAGAUCUGGAUGUGAACAGACCCAACCCACCGCCAAAGAGAGGAUUCUUCUACAGGCUGUUCAGACGAGAGGCAAGUGCUGCUAGCUCUCCUCCCCCCGCCGCCGCCGUGAGAGGUGGUGGGGGUUAAGGUCUGUUUAAAGAGUGGCUACGAAGAUGAAGAGCACGAGGAGCCUUCCCGACUUUAAACCACUCCUGCUCUCCUCCCCUCUCCCUCUUCUUCUCCUCUUUCCUUCUUCAAACGCCUCCCGGAGCGUAAAAUGUUAGGAACCUCGAUGAAUGUUAAACCUGUAUUUAUGAUAUGUAUUAAAAGUGUAUUAUAAUAAUUAAAGAAAAACAUAUGAGUUUAAAGAUUUUGUACAUUUGUACUUGAAUUGUGUCCUAGAUGUAUAUUUUCACUAAAGGUUGUAUUGUAUAAAAGCCAUAUUAAGUACCACUUGAAUGCAUAGAUACAUUUUGUCAACGUUUUUUUUUUUUGUUGUUUACGUUUUUUUGUUUAUUUGUUUUUUUUGGAACGAAAUGUAUAUUAAGGAUCUUGUUUAUUUUUUUAUUUUUUAAGAAGCACAGGCCUCAUCCCAAAUGGCAGCCUAUUGCCCUAUAUAGUCCACUACUUUUACCUAUGGCCUAUGGGUCCUGGUCAGAAGUAGGGCACUGUGUAGGGAAAAAGGGGUACUAUUUGGGACUCAACCAUUGGUAUCAGUAGUCUUUUUAUUAGUUUUCUCGAUGGAGCCUUUGUUUGUAUGUACAGUAUGUCUACGUUUCCAAUGGCGCCCUAUUCCCUGCAUAAUAUAGUGCACUAUGUAGGGAAUAGGUCUCUGGUCUAAUGUAGUGCACUAUAUAGGGAAUAGGGCUCUGGUCUAAAGUAGUACACUAUAUAGGGAAUAGUGUUCUGGUGUAAUGUAGUGCACUAUAUAGGGAAUAGGGCUCUGGUCUAAUGUAGUGCACUAUAUAGGGAAUAGGGCUCUGGUCUAAAGUAGUACACUAUAUAGGGAAUAGUGUUCUGGUGUAAUGUAGUGCACUAUAUAGGGAAUAGGGCUCUGGUCUAAAGUAGUACACUAUAUAGGGAAUAGUGUUCUGGUGUAAUGUAGUGCACUAUAUAGGGAAUAGGGCUCUGGCCUAAUGUAGUGCACUAUAUAGGGAAUAGUGUUCUGGUGUAAUGUAGUGCACUAUAUAGGGAAUAGGGCUCUGGUCUAAAGUAGUACACUAUAUAGGGAAUAGUGUUCUGGUGUAAUGUAGUGCACUAUAUAGGGAAUAGGGCUCUGGUCUAAUGUAGUGCACUAUAUAGGGAAUAGGGCUCUGGUCUAAAGUAGUACACUAUAUAGGGAAUAGGGCUCUGGUCUAAAGUAGUACACUAUGUAGGGAAUAGGGUUCUGGUCUAAAGUAGUGCACUAUAUAGGGAAUAGGGUUCUGUUUAGAAUGUAUCUUAUGUCUGUCUUUUCUGGUCUGUUCUUUUGGCCAACGUCCAGUAUUACCGUAUCACAUAUUCCCUGUUCCAAAUCAACCCCUAGCCCCAUACACUCUACGCCCUAAACCCUAGCCCCUAGACUAAAACAUCCCCCUAGUUCUUACACCCUAAGAAGCCCCCAGACCAUAGCUAGACUCUAUGCCAAGGUUCUCCAACUGGCGGCCCACGGGCUGAAUUUGGCCCGCGGGUGAUUUUAUUUGGCCCCCCAAUUUAUAUAUAUAUUUUUUUAAUUGUUGGACAUAAGACUGUAAAAACACCAGCAAAUCAGCUCCAAGUUAUUAACAUUUUGGAAAUCUGUUCCAAGAUAUUCCCACGCAUAAUAGAGAGAUACAGGUAUGUGAUCGUAUGCAAAUGUGGGCAAGGUUUUAAAUAAUUAUGUUUUAGUCAAAUAUAUCUGUUUGGGCUUCUCGCGGUCAAUUUGCAGUCUACAAAUAAUGUUGUAAUCACGUUCCGUCUGCAUCUAGUUAAUGACCCCUGACCUACGUACUGGGCCCAUGUGAAGAUCUGAGAGGAUUUGAAAGCAGAACAGAUGUUAAUUCUGUCUGCAUGUCUCAUAGUCAAAAUGACUUCCUUAAACUUAAAACUUCCCCAAGACUACGGAAAAUGUAGUCACCCACUUCCAGAAAAGCACAGAGAAGCAGGUCAAGUGCUCUGGCAGAGGGGUGGGGAGAGAAAAUGUAGUCACCCACUUCCAGAAAAGCACAGAGAAGCAGUUGACAUGGAAUGGUUAAAUGCUCUGGCAGAGGGGUGGGAAGAGAGAUGCCUUGAUUUAACAGUGCAGUAGACCUUGUGUCCAUGCCUUAAGCUCUGGUGGUGAGGAGGAGGAUGGUGAUGGUGGUGGUGGUGAGGAGGAUGAUUUACAAACCGAAUAUAAAAGUUAUAAAAUGUCACAGAACCGGACGUUUGUAACUCAGACUGGCUUGAUUUUGAAGACAAUAGUGCUUUCAUAUAAUCAACAAAAACCAUGUCAAAUAGGUUAAAUUAGACCAAUUACUGGCACUGAGAUGGUUAUCCAUGACAAAUGACCUACAGUUUAAUCAUAAUGAUAUCUUUGCCUAGUGACCAGAGCCCUAUUCCCUAUAUAGUGAACUACUAGUGACCAGAGCCCUAUUCCCUAUAUAGUGAACUACUAGUGACCAGAGCCCUAUUCCCUAUAUAGUGAACUACUAGUGACCAGAGCCCUAUUCCCUAUAUAGUGAACUACUAGUGACCAGAGCCCUAUUCCCUAUAUAGUGAACUACUAGUGACCAGAGCCCUAUUCCCUAUAUAGUGAACUACUAGUGACCAGAGCCCUAUUCCCUAUAUAGUGAACUACUAGUGACCAGAGCCCUAUUCCCUAUAUAGUGAACUACUAGUGACCAGAGCCCUAUUCCCUAUAUAGUGAACUACUAGUGACCAGAGUCCUAUUCCCUAAAUAGUGAACUACUAGUGACCAGAGUCCUAUUCCCUAAAUAGUGAACUACUAGUGACCAGAGUCCUAUUCCCUAUAUAGUGAACUACUAGUGACCCAGAGCCCUAUUCCCUAUUUUGUGCACUACUAUAGACCAGGCCUCGUGUCAAAAGUAGUGCCAGGAGAGAGACUUCAAUGAGGAUUUGAUCACGUCUCACUACACCAUGGAGUCUCUUCCGUAGGAAUGACUUGAGACGAGCGUUUUCGGCCAUUUUGUUUAGUUUGUUUUUCUUUGUCAUUCAGGCGACCAUAUUAUUUACCAACCGUCCAACCAAUGUAACCCCCUUCACUUAUGUAUUUUUUUAAUGCUGUGAAAAUGUUGAGAUGGAUCUUUUUUGUUGCUGUUUGCUGUACAUUCUGUACUGUUUUCAUGUCUUUUAUAGAAACACCCAGCCUCCCAGAAUGACCUUUCAUUCUGUUUAACCAUUGGAGGGGUGAAUCUAAGAAUCCUAUGACAGUUGUUACCUUUGUCCUCUAUUCCGGAAUUCCCUGCCCUUUAUGACGUCAUUGAUUUGAAUCAAUUAGAAUGUUAGAACAGAAUGUACUGUUGACAUUCCUGAAAGGGUUCAGGGAAUUCCAUUCUACAUUAUUUUACACAAAUGACUGCAGUUAAUCAUUGAAUAUCAAAUGUAUUUAUAGUACACCACACAGUCUUCUGAAGAAGCCACUAGAACUCCUCUGUUAGAAAACAACGUUACGUUUCUCACAUACAUACACUUGUAGUGGCUCAGCUCUCAUCAGCCUGCUAUCUGACAUGGGGAAAGAGAACUGUGAGUGUUCACAGAGAUCUGGCUAUUCCAUGACAUUCCAUUCUAGAAUUAGGAACAUUAUACAGUGCAGUACAUAGCUAGCUCUUGGCUGUUGGCUUUUUCUAGAUUUUUAUAUUUCUUUGCUUCCAGACGCAUCACAAAGCUCACCUCACAGUGUAGAAACACUCUUUGCCUCAAAAACCAUGUAAAUGAUGUACUUCAAAACGUGUAAGCUCUUUGAUAUCUCAUUAGGCGCAGGCACGCACCCAGGCACAGACACACACACACACACACACACACACACACACACACACACACACACACACACACACACACACACACACACACACACACACACUUGGACUAGGGGGAAAGGUUUGGCAUCCAUACCUGUACAGCAGUAAGAGAUUUCAUUUUGCGGCACUAAGGUGUGGAAACGGUCUGCUUCUCAAAUGGCACCCUAUUCCCUACUGUAUGUAGUGCACUACAAAAGAAGUGUACUACAUAGGGCAUAGUGUUUCAUUUUGGAUACAUCCGAUAACUAUAGGAAGUGUCUUUGAGAAUAAUGCAAAUUACAUCAAAUCAGACUGGAAAUGGUUUUGAUUUCAAAAAAGUUUUUCAACUGAAAUAACUGGCAUAAACCUUGACCUGCAGUGUGUGGAUGGCCAAGAGUUGUUCCUGACCAUGUGACCUGGCCCGGGAAAACCUCUGAGCCCAAGUUAAAGCCUCUCUGUGGCCGGGGGAUUCAAUCCGUUCGCUCUUUGUCCUCAAUGCGCGUUUUUUUAAAGUCAAUGUUCACGGUAGAUGCUGCAUAUGUUUAUCUCAGUCAGAAAUGACCUUUUCUAAAAGCAUCGUCCCAAUCCUCCAUAGACUAUAGGACGGAGGUUCAGUCCCAUCUUCUAACUAGGGUCCCGUUUUGGUCCCUGGUUACAUCAGGAUGGAAGAACUCCAGGCCCCACAGUAUGUGCCAACCAGUCAUCCUCAGUCAGUUUUCUUUUUACUUCUGAAUGGCUGGCCCCACGUUAGGCUGACAAGGAACCUAAUACAGCUCAUCAACAAAAAUUACAUUUUUUAACAGUUUUGAAUGUCUGCACAAAGUGCAUUUUAAUAUAUAUAUAUAUAUAAAAUAAUUAUUACUCAAGCAUGUUAUUGGUUUGUUGCAGGUUCCUUGUCUGUAAUUGAAAUGACCUUUCAGUGCCAACAUAUGACACAUAUUUACAGGGGACAACAACAAAUUUGUUAUCACAAGGUGUGACCAGGACAAAUUAUACUUGUCUUUUUUUGGGGGGGGGAUACGUCCCAAAUUGACAACAUAAUCCCUAUAUAGUGGUCUACUCACGACCAGGGCCCAUAAGGCUCUGUUCUAAAGUAGUGCACUAUAUAGGGAAUGAAAACGGGUGUCAUUUGGGACGGAGACCUUUUUAAUUAUCUUUUUUUCUUCUUUUUUGUUUUUGUAGUUGUACAGUCAUGUUGUUCAACCACUGCAGUUCAUGUAAUUGUUGUACAAGUUGUAUCACUGGGUGUUACUGUAUCAUAUCUUCUGACAUUUGUAAUUAUUCUGAGAAUACACUGCCGUUUGGAUAAAAAAAAACUACCCACGA